AUGUUAAGUCCGGAACGUCGUACUUCGAUGGCUGAACGUCGUCCUUCUUUUGCUAAUUUUUCAGGUAAUUCAAACCAUAUAGAUACUUUAAUGGUACCUCAUUUAGCAGGUAUUGAAGAUCCUUUACCAGAGACUACACCUGAAAAAGUUGAUGUAUUAAUAGCUGGGACAGGUCUUGUAGAGAGUGUUUUGGCUGCCGCUCUAGCUUGGCAAGGGUCUACGGUGCUACAUGUAGAUACUAAUGAUUAUUAUGGUGAUAGUGCCGCUACUUUAACAGUUGAUCAAAUUAAAAAUUGGGUAAAUAGGGUGAAUAAUAACGAUAUUAUUUCAUAUAAUAAUGCUAAAUUAUACUUAUCUACAAGUAUUGGUCCGUCAUGUAAAUAUAUGUCAAAGGAUUUCGGUAUUGAUUUAUCUCCAAAGAUUCUUUUUGCUAAAUCUGAUCUUUUAUCAAUCUUAGUGAAAUCUCGUGUACAUCAAUAUCUAGAGUUUCAAUCUUUAUCAACAUUCCAUACUUAUGAAAAUGAUUCCUUUGAAAAAUUGACAAAUACAAAACAAGAUAUUUUCACAGAUCAAAAUUUAUCAUUAAUGACAAAACGUAAUUUAAUGAAAUUUUUAAAAUUUGUUUUAAAUUGGGAAGAGAUGCCAGAGAUAUGGCAACCUUAUGCCGAUAAAUCAAUUACGCAAUUUUUAUUUGAAAAAUUCAAAUUAGAGAAACCUCAAGUCUUUGAAUUAGUAUUUUCUAUUGGUUUAUGUUGUAGUGUCGACACAAAGGUUCCUUUAGCUUUACAUAGAAUCCGUCGUUAUUUGAUCAGUUAUGAUGUGUAUGGUCCUUUCCCUGUAUUAUAUUCAAAAUAUGGUGGUGCAGGUGAAGUUUCUCAAGGAUUUUGUAGAUCUGCAGCCGUUGCAGGUGCUACAUAUAAAUUAAAUGAAAAACUAUAUUCUUACAAUCCAACAACCCAAGUUGCUACUUUUACAGAUGGAUCUAAAGUUACAGUUACAGAAAAGAUCAUUAUGUCGCCAACUCAAGCUCCCGAAGGGAAUCAACAUAUCCCUGAUCAAAAAUAUGAAGUGAACAGAAUGGUUUGUCUAGUAGAGAAAGAUUGUAAAGAAUGGUUCAGUGAAGACGAAUCUGCUGCUGUAGUAGUAUUCCCACCAGGUUCCUUAAAAUCAGGUAAUAAACAUGUAGUUCAAACCUUAAUCCUAGGUGCUGGUUCCGAAUGUUGUCCACAAAAUACAUCUAUUUGGUACUUGUCAACAAUAGAGAGCGGUGUUCGUGCAGAGAUGGAUUUGGAUGCCGCCUUAGAAGCAUUAGAGGUUAGUAUUGUUAGGGAAUCGUCCAGUGAUAUUACUGACAAUAAUGAUAUUGUUAAGAUCGAUGAAGAUGGUCGUCCAAUUAUAAAUUCAGUUAGAUUAGGCCAAUCAUUUAAAGAGUAUAUCCCAAGAGAAAGUGUUCAACAUUUAAUGAAAUUAUCAUAUACUCAAUAUACAUCUACACCACCAUUUGAUGUUGUAAAUCCAGCUCUCUUUGAUAAUGAUGAAUUAAAUAAUAGAGCAAACUCCGUGAAUAAAUUUAUUCCAAAUGCUAGUGAUAAUGGCAUUAUAUAUACUGCAAUGCCUUCAAGCGAGAUAUCAUAUGACGAAGUUGUAACAGCGGCAAAAGUCCUUUAUGAGAAAAUUGUUGGCAGUGACGAUGAUUUCUUUGAUGUUGACUUCGAAGAUGAAGAUAACGACACCGUACCACAGGGAGCUUCUGUCAAUGGGACGAUUAGUUACGAAAAUGCUAUUGAUGAUGACGAUGAUGAGGAUGUGGACAUGGGAAUACGCGGUGACGAUUCUAAUGAAUUUGUGGGACAAAUGGAAAUAUGA